GCGGCUCCCAUUCUGAUUUUUCUACCGAUAUGUCCAUGGGCUACCGGCCACCCAUUGUCCUCGGUAUAUGCGCCAUGGAUGUGAAGGCGCGGUCAAAGGCUAUGCGGGAGAUUCUUACGAGGAUCGUGGAACGCUCUCGCGGCAUGAUCGAAGUGAAGGUGUUUGGGGACAAAGUAAUUCUUGACGAAGAUGUUGAGAAUUGGCCCCGGUGCGACGUCUUGAUAUCGUUCUUCUCUACGGACUUUCCUUUGGACAAGGCGAUCUCUUACGUAAAAUUGCGAAACCCAUUUUGCAUCAACGAUCUCCCUCCUCAAGCACUUCUCUGGGAUAGGCGCUUGGUAGGUGCGGUUCUGGAUCACCUCAAGGUCCCCAUGCCGAGGAGACUGGAAGUAUCUCGCGAUGGCGGUCCCAAGGUGGAUGAGGAGUUGAAGCAGAUUAUGAAACGGAAGCUUGGUAUCACUCUAGGUGGUUUCCAGGUCACACCGGAAGUUGUCCUCCGGGAGGACGGAGAUGCCAUCAUCAUUGAUGGUCAGGUGAUGGAAAAGCCAUUUGUCGAGAAGCCAGUUAGCGGCGAAGAUCACAAUGUAUACAUAUACUUUCGAGGUGGAGGGGGCCGUAGGCUCUUCCGGAAGGUUGGGAACAAAUCAAGCGAAUAUGACACCAAUCUGGUGCAGCCUCGUACAGAUGGUUCGUACAUUUACGAGCAAUUUGUCGACGUCGACAACGCAGAAGACAUCAAGGUCUAUACCGUCGGCAAGGAAUACACCCAUGCGGAAACGCGCAAGUCCCCUGUGGUAGACGGCGUGGUGAGGCGAAACACGGAUGGCAAGGAGAUCAGCAGAUUCAUCACGCAUCUAACGGAUGAAGAACGUUCGUGGGCCGCCAGGAUCUGUGAAGGCUUUGGUCAGCGGGUAUGCGGCUUCGACUUGCUUCGAACAGGGAAUGGCGCCAGGGGACAAGUCAUCGACGUGAACGGAUGGAGUUUCGUCAAAGGGAACGAAUCAUACUAUGACAAGGCCGCGGAAAUUUUGACCGCGUUCUGCUUGCGGAUGGCAGUAGCCCCCGACCGGCCGCUGCCUCACGCCUCCGAAUCAGGCUUGCAGGAAUCUUCAACAUGGGUGCUUAAAGCGAACGUUACAGUCUUCCGUCAUGCGGACCGUACCCCAAAGCAGAAGUUGAAGUUCAACUUCCCCAUUGGCGAAGUUUGGACACAGCCCUUUGUGCGGCUGCUCAAUGGGAAAAACGACGAGAUCAUACUGCGAGAUAGGGUUCAGCUUGAGCUCAUUGCCAAGGCUGUCGAAGAGGCAACCAGGCUCGGGGCAGACGGCGAGCAUUUGACGAAAUUGACGGCUCUGAACACGGCCUUGUUCAGCAAAAUCGACUAUCCUGGAACGAAGGCACAGCUCAAGCCCGCAUACAGCAAAAAAGAGGCUGGCCAGCUGCGGAAAUUGACCAAGUUGACGCUCGUGUUCAAAUGGGGAGGAGAGUUCACUCAUUCAGCUCGUUACCAGUCCCGUGAUCUUGGAGAGAACCUCAAGAAGGACAUCACAAUCAUGAACAAGGAGGUACUGAAUAAUGUCAAGAUUUACACCUCUUCAGAGCGACGUGUUGUGGCAUCAGCCGAGAUAUUCGCUGCGGCGCUCUUGGAUAACCACCAUCCAUACCAGGGCCACGAUCUCAUUGUUCGCCCGGACCUUCUGGACGAUAGCAACGCCGCAAAGGAUCUCAUGGACGAUGUGAAGAAGCGGUUGAAGAUCUUACUGCGGCCGGGGGAACCCGAAAAGCGCCCAGAUCUCACGUGGCCCAAGAGCAUGAAGAAGGAGCCGGUUGAAGAAGUGAUAGAGUUAUUGAGCUCCUUCCGAGAGAUCAUGCGUCACAAUUUCGAGACUAUGGAUGUCAACAAGAUCCAAGAACGCUGGUGCUGUGGCGACGAACCGUGGCUUUUCCGCGAACGGUGGGAGAAAUUGUUCGAGGACUUCUGCGACGUCAAACAGGAAAAGUUCGACCCAUCCCGAGUAUCGGAACUCUAUGACACUAUCAAGUACUGCGCCCUUCAUCACCGCACGUUCCUGUUCGCUAUCUUUAGUGAAACAGGGGAUACAAAUCCGGAUACUGGUGAUCGUAAGCUCCACGAACUCUAUGGGCGAGCUAAAGCUCUGUUCGACCUCGUUGCGCCUCAGGAAUACGGCAUCGAGCCUAAUGAGAAAGAGGAAAUCGGUGUCCUCACCUCUUUGCCGCUGUUGAAGAAUGUUGUAGAGGACCUCGAGGAUGCUCGCAACAACGAAGAAAGCUCGCUCACCCUUUAUUUCACGAAAGAAAGCCAUAUUCAUACCUUGGUUAAUCUCGUCCUCCUCUCCGGUCUACCUAUAGCAAACCGUCGCAUCCCGGAACUUGACUACUGCUCCCAUAUAACCUUUGAACUUUAUGAACGCAAUCACGGGCGCGGGAAGUCGGACAAGGAAUACUCUAUCAAACUGUCCUUGAGUGAGGGAGCACAUUCCUCCAAUGUUCUAGAUUCGGCACUGGAUGCGCGCCACUCGUUGAAUGUGCAGCCACGAAGAAAACUCACGCAACACUUGCCGUACAGCCAGGUAAUAGAGAAACUAUCCAAACAUUUUCCUCGAUUACAGCAUGACGACGACAAUGGACCAGACAGUUAUGAGCAAAUAGACAUGUCUCCGCCGGUGGCGCCGCCGCACGGUGGAUCUUCGCCCAUGAGCAUUACUAGCCCAUCGCCUCCGCAGUUUUAGAUCAUAGGUAGCCGAGAUUCGGGCCGCAUCACCUUAAUAGACGCAUUCACGGAUUUGAACAUCGUCGCACGUCCCCAACCGAGGUUGUAUUAUAUUACACUGCAUGUCCCAUAUUCGAUACACAUUACAUCAUACAUCGCAUAACUAUGCCUGGUAUGAGCGAUUGCCAGUACACAUUCUUCUUACGAUCACUGUAGCACACACAUCAUUAUAUUUGUUCUGCGUUUUCAUCGUCCCAGGGUUGCAAGCCAAGACUUUCGCGCAUCUCAUUCAGCUUCUCGGACUUUAGCUGGCGGAACGGCACGCCUUGUCGGCCGAGACCAGUAACGGACGGGUGAUCGCGGUCAAAGAGUGCGGACGCCGAGGUCGAGAGGUUGGCGGUUUGUGUCGCCAAAGCUGCAAAGGACUGGGUGGAGUCAUGGUAUAACCUGUACGCUUCUUUGUUGAAACAGUCCGAUUCCUUGACUUGGUCUAGCGCGUGCUUCUUGAAAGCAGUCUUCACCCAGUGCAGCACGUCGAACACGUGAUUCUCCUUCGGUCUCCAUGUCCGGAAUCGUGGAGCAAGGUUGAAGGCCCCGUCUUUCUGCGCGACGAGGGGAUGGAAAACAUCGGUCGUGAAAUGAACAGCUGGCGGUCUUUCAGGAUAGUUCAGAGGGAACGUUAGCCUAAACCGCAGAAUCGAGUCCGCGUAGUACCCUUGAUGAACAAACAACACCGCAUCCCAGACCAGAAGGUUUUCAUCCGACGGGAUGACAUAGACACCCAAGGGACAGUGUCCUCGAAAUCGCAGGGACGCAUACUCCGAGCACACCGCGGCGCGCGCAACGGCGGUAGUAGGUAAGUCGGGGGUUAUCCCGCCCCUGGCCACAGCAGAAGCGAUGUUCGAAGAUGAUGCGCGAGAGUGAGGUUUAGAGAGGUCAAUUGUGGACGAAGCACUCAAUGCGCUGAAUGGAGACUGGUAGAGAUUCAUCGUCGCGAUGGUUCAAACGUUCACACUUGCAAA